AUUGUGUCUAAAUUGGAAAGCUUUAGAAAUCCUUUUCUCCCAUCUUUUGUUUUCUUUUUGGACAUCGCAUGCCAAAGUGUGUGUUGGGAGGGAAAGAGGAAAGAAACAUAGUAUAGUUGCCUUGAUAAUAUGGGAUUGGGUCUUGAAGUAGCCUACUGGAUUAUUGUGUUUCUUAUAACUGCUGUUUUAUUAUUCAUGGACAUUUAUAGUCUCAUUCUAUUCUCAGAUCUACUCAUGGAUCACUUGAAUCCUGUGGAGUUAUGUGACAAGGUCAACUUUCUUAUUUAUCCCGAGUUUGGUAUUCACUUUUUCUUGACUUUGCUUCUAUUUUUGGGUGGCCAUUGGUUUGUUGGAUUACUAAAUACUCCUUUGAUAGCGUUUCAUAUUCAGAAAUAUGUACGCAAUGAACACUUGUUGGAUAACACAAGGGUUUUUCGUAUAGCAGCGCAGGUACAAAGAUAUUAUGAACUGAAAAUGGGAUUUUUCCUUUUAACCUUUGUUACUUAUCUCUAUUGUUUUAUUCGAGCCAUGUUAAGUGCUCCUAAAAGUUGAAAGUUGACAGUUCUCGUGUAUGACAAGAUUUGUAUUCUAGUACCGUCUUUUUAAAUUGGACGCUAUAAUACACAUACACAUAUUCAUACAUAUAAAUAUCAAGUUGCUUUUUCUACUGUCAAUGUGAUCAUC